CUUGAAUUGUUUAUUGGUCAGAUACCCUCAAGAGUCGCAUAUCCUUUUUGCCUCUUCUUCUGCCCCUAUAACACUCCAGCCACCAUUCUUACAGGUCCUAGGCGAGAUUUUACAUCAACGCAUAGGGCUAAUAUAACCGUAACUCUACACCACAGGGCCGCCGCUUUUCUUUGCCUUUUCACGACACCGCUUCAUACUUCUCUUUCUUGACCGUAGAGUCAUUUUCUACCUAUUCGGUCGCUUGGUAAGCGUAUCGGCUGGCAAGGAUUUCAACCAUAAUUCUGUAACAUGAACGGGCCAACCCCACACGACGAAAUACUAGCGGACCAGAGCCUUGCGCCUCUGAAACGUAACCACGCAUGUCGGCAAUGUAAAAAACGCAAAACAAAAUGUGACGGUGCCCAUCCCGUGUGUUCACCAUGUCUUCGAUCGCAUGCGCAUGCCGCUCGUUCUGCGAAUCGGAAUGGAACAAGUGUGCCUGUGCUUGUUUGUACUUGGGCCGACGGCGAAGGUGGGGAGAAUGGGAGUCCUCCUAUUCAGGAACCCAUGCAACGCCUUUCUAGGCCUGGGUCUGCAUCUGGAGUGAAAAGACCAGCAGUCUCUCAAGGUUCAAGACCAACUCGCGACGAAGAGAAUGAGAUUCUCAGACGGAGGAUCGCCGAUCUUGAAGCCAAACUCGUCAAUCUAUCAUCCGCCACCAGACAAUCCGGGCCUGAACCCAUUGGACCAGAGCUCUCGAUGCCAGAAAACACCCUUUCACCACCACGCUCCGACAGUAUCGUAGAUAAUUGGAUCACAGAAGUCGGACAUAUUAUCAGAUAUGAUCUCAAUCAUUUCGGGACCUUUGGGAAUAAGGAGGCGCCUUCGAGCAAAUCUUCUCAGCCCUCCGUUUCUUCUUUGAAGGCCCCGCCUGGGGGUAAUGGGGGUGGUAUCGGAACUACCCAGACACGGGAGAGCAGCGGUUCCGGCACUCGCCUCAAUAUCGGCACUAUCCCUAAAGAUGGGUUCUCCAGCAGCUUUGGAUUAGACGACCUUUUCGUCAUACCUGCUGAUUGGCCACGCGGUCUGCCAUCACCUUUCCUCCUAGAACACCUCGUCGAGACCUUCUUCAACCACGUCCCUCAAACUCCCCGAAUGCUCCAUCGCCCAACUCUUCUCACUCGUAUCAAACUAUCCCCCACCUCUGGCAACUUCCCCUUCCCCGGUCUGCUCCAUGCCAUCUGUGCAACUGCUUCCAGCCAUACCGCAUGGGUGAAUAAUCUCUCUCCUCAUCAGAUCGAAGCUGCUGUGCAGAGGCAUGUCAUCACCGGUAUGGAUUUGACUAGUAUCGAAGAUUUCGGGUUGGCUCAAGCCGAAAUGGCAAAUAGGUCAGUUGACCUUGUUGCUUCUGCUUGUGUGAUGGGUGGAGGGGACCUGAUCUUCCAAGUCACUCAAACCUGCAUCCUUCUUAGUGAUAUUUACUUUUGCAAAGGUUUCCCUCUCAAAGGAUGGUUGCUUGGUGGCCAACCGGCACGACUUAUCAACACUCUCCAGCUCAGUGACCGCAACCCGCGGAAGUCAUACAAGGAGCCUCUCUUGCCGCGUCCUCGAAAUUCAAGAGAGCGCGAGGAACGAUUGGCUACUCUGUGGAUGGCGUUUAUCAAUGAUUCUGGCUUGGCUUGCAACAGCACUUGGGUGCCUAGUAUGUCUCUUGCCGAUAUAAAAUGCAAUUUACCUACUACCGGUCAGGAAUGGUCAAAGCUGGACGAUAUGCUGGAAAAUCCCCAGAGUCCAGAGUCGGGAGAUCUCUUCACAUCUCAUCCCAUGGAAGACGCAUUCGUGUUGGUUAUCAAGUCUACUAUUCUGCUGAGCGAAGUUGCACAAUGGCUUCGCAACUGGUCUCAACGAACACAGGUCCCAGGAGACGAACUGGCAGGACCUGAAACGGAAUCAUUCAAGACUGUUGUCCGACAUAUUGAGGACUUCAUUUCAACCAUCCCUAAUGCGCUGAAGAACGUAUUUAAACUUGUGGACUCUGCCAACUCUGGCGGCCUCAACGUUAAUCUUCUUUCACUGCAUAUUUUCCCCAACGUCGCGCUCGCUCUCAUGUUCGAACCUUUCAUUGAAUGGAAGCCGUCGAAUCAGUGUCUGAAAGCUACGCAACAAGCGUAUGAAGCCAUCCUCGGUGUCCUGCACCUUAUCCCGAGUAACUUGGAUGUCACUAUGGUCUUUACUCCCCUGAUCGCUUGCUCUUUAUAUACUGUUGGACGAAUCAUAGCGGAUUAUGUCAAGUAUACCAUGAGGUCUCAUCAAUACAGUCUGGCCGUCCGUUACCGUGCCGAUCUCACCACUAUCCAGAACCUGCUCGAACGGUAUGGCCAACGCCACUCUCUCGGUAGCGCCAUGUCCCAUUUCCUCGAGAACUAUGUCCAGUAUCUCGGAAACGAGUGCAUGGACCCUGCAGCGAUGUGCAGCAAACUCGAACGUCAAUUGGCUUACCCUACCAAUAACGGUACUUAUGUCAUGGGCGCGGCCAACGAUGGUUAUGCUCAUCUUAACGACCCCGGAAGCUCUUGUUCGGGACCCAACGACCCUCCUUCAACCAAAUCAUUCUCUGAUUCAUGGUCAGCCAGCGGUCCUAGUCCAAGCGUCUCUACGCCUGCUAUAUCAAAAACGAACGAACCCUCUCCUGCACAAGUAUAUUCCACGGCUGAGGGGAAAAGUCAAGAUCCAAUAUCGAAUUGGGAUUGGGGAAGAGAAGCCAUCAAGAUGAUGGGUGUGGAUGCGAGUAGAUCUGUUUCGGGGCUAGCGGCGUUGGAUGGUAUGCCAAUGUAUAUGGGCGAGAGGUCGAGCUUGAAUAUGGAUGGUCGGUUACCGGUUGGACCGUUUUCGGAUGUAGCAGAGAUUGGGGGAUUUGAGGGCUUGCAUUGGAAGACGGGCAAUAGUGAUACCAUUUAGAAGGAGUGUUUUGGUUGUGGAGUAUAGAAGAGUAUAAUAUCACGGGUUUUAGUUUUUCCUUUUCCUCUUUUUUUGGAGUAAUCCUUAGACAGCGGUCCUUGAACGUAUAUAUAUGUACAUUUUGGGGUAUAUGAAUUGAUGAUGUAUGU